CACCAAGCCAAAACAAUAAUCUCGGAUCAAACUUCCAAGCAUGUCUGCCCCGCAAACGAAGCGCAUCAAGACCACCGACGACGCUCCCUACGAGCUCAUCUACUGGCCUGGCAUCCCCGGGCGUGGCGAGCUCAUCCGUGUGCUCUUUGAGGAGGCCGGCGUGCCCUACACCGACACGGCCAAGACGGCGGGCGACAAGGCGGUGCCCCUGGUGCUCGGAUACAUGGACGCCAGCAACACGGGCGACGCCACCAACCCGCCCGUCUUCGCGCCCCCCGUGCUCAAGCACGGCAGCCUCACCAUCAACCAGGUGCCCAACAUCCUGCUCUACCUGGCCCCGAAACUAGGGCUUGCGGGCGCCGACAGCGACGCCGACGGGCUGUUCCACCUCAACGGGAUUGUGCUGACGCUGCUGGACGGCUUCGUCAACGAGGUCCACGAGACGCAUCAUCCUGUCGCAACGUCAUUGACCUACGAGGAGCAGAAGCCCGAGGCCAAGAAGCGCGCAAAGGCUUUUACCGAGGAGCGGUUGCCCAAGUUCUUGGGCUACGUCCAGCGGGUGCUAGACGCGAAGACCAGCGGCGACGGGCCGUGGCUAUAUGGCGACAAGCUCACAUACGCAGAUCUAGUGUUGUUCCAGUGCCUGGACGGAACCACGUAUGCGUUUCCCAAGUCCGUGGGAAAGCUGCAAGAGUCGGGCAAGUACGACGGCGUGUUCAAGGUGUAUGAUGCGAUCAAGGAGAGGCCCAACAUCAAAAAGUAUCUCGAGAGCGAUCGCCGCGCGCUGUAUUCGAGCGGCAUCUGGAGGUACUACCCCGAGCUGGAGGAGUAGUUGGGCGCGAUAGCAUCAAUCCACGGGGCGCCAACGAGAGGGCUUAUUUCACUACGUGUUGAGCAAAUAGGCCGGCGACCUGAUGGUAGAGGGGUGUCAUUAGUUUAAAUAGUCCAAAUCACAGGCUUCCAUUUUUUUUUU